CCCAGGGGAGGGAAAGGGGACAAGUUACAAGUUGGACAGUCUCCUCUGUGGAGCUGUGGAGCUGCCAGCUGCCAGGUCCCACCUCAGCCCAGACAAUGCCUGUGGAGGAGUUUGUAGCUGGCUGGAUUUCAGGAGCUCUGGGCCUGGUCAUGGGCCACCCCUUUGACACUGUAAAGGUGCGGCUGCAAACCCAGAACACAUACCGGGGCAUUGUGGACUGCGUGGUCAAGAUUUACCGCUAUGAGUCAAUCCUGGGCUUCUUCAAGGGAAUGAGCUUCCCAAUCGCCAGUGUAGCUGUGGUCAACUCUAUCUUGUUCGGGGUCUACAGCAACACCCUGCAGGCACUCACGGCGACCUCCCACCAGGACCGGCGGGCCCAGCUGCCCAGCUACACACACAUCUUCAUAGCGGGCUGCACUGGGGGCUUCCUGCAGGCCUACUCCCUGGCCCCUUUUGACCUCAUCAAAGUCCGUCUACAAAAUCAGACAGAGUCGAAGUUGUGGCCAGGGAGCCCCCCACCCAAGUACCGGGGGCCUGUGCACUGUGCAGUCACCAUCUUCCGAGAGGAGGGGCCCCGGGGGCUGUUCCGAGGAUCUGGGGCCCUGAUGCUGAGGGACACUCCCACACUGGGAUUUUACUUCGUCACCUAUGAAGGGCUCUGUCACAAGUACACCCCAGCUGGCCAGCAACCCAGCUCAACCACAGUGAUGGUGGCAGGGGGCUUUGCAGGCAUCGGCUCCUGGGUCACAGCCACACCCUUCGACGUGAUCAAGGCCAGGAUGCAGAUGGGCUGUGUGAACCAGAGAGCGUAUAAGGGGAUGCUGGACUGCAUAGUGACCAGCUUCCGGCAGGAGGGCCUGGGAGUCUUUUUCCGGGGGUUUACCAUCAACAGUGCCCGUGCCUUUCCCGUCAAUGCUGUCACUUUCCUCAGCUAUGAGUACCUACUGCGCAUGUGGGGAUGAGCCCGGCCCGGUGAUGCCAGCAGUCCUGGGAGCCCAGAGGCCAGGCUGAGGGUGCCCAUCUUGCAGUGUCCAUGGAAGUGGCUUGGACCUUCCCGGGCCAGGCAGUGCACUACUCCAAUGGGGCAGAGGAGACACCUGAGCAGGACGCCAGCGAUCCAGCUUCUGUACCACAAACCUCAGCACCUUUGGUUCUGAACCAGGAAGCAUGGGACACACAUGAAUCAGCCAGUGGAGCCUGCAACAUCCCAGCCCUUCCCUCACCCUUCCUUUCAAAUCUCUUCUCCCACAGCUGCCUCAAACAGGGCUCUUUGUCUUCUUCUUACCCAGAAUCCUUCAGGGGCUCCCAGAACCUUCCGUGCCCCACCUGGCAGUCCUUCCCCACUAGGCUUCCUUCUCUCUUGGUCACUUUGUGGACCUAAACCCAACUGUCACUUACGACCCAGGCCUGGAAGGCUUCUCCCCUCAGGCCAUCAAGGACCCCAGCAGGUGGCUCCAUUGUUCCCCCAUGACCUGCCCUCCAAGGGCUCAGGUGCACCAUGGUCUCUUAAGGGCCUUCUUGCCUGCCCAUGCCCAGCCUGUCUGGAUUUUUUUUCAUGUCAUUUGUCCUUUAUUUCAAACUUAAAUUGCCAAAAAUGGAUAUUUUUGGAUGGGUGUGUGUGUGUGUGUGUGUGUGUGUGUGUACUAGGGAUUGAAUCUAGGGCCUUUUCACUGAGCUACAUCCUCAGCCCUUUUUAUUUUUUAAAAUUCUGAGCCAGGGCCUCACUAAGUGGCUAAAUUGCCUGGGCAAUUUGUAAUCUUCCUGCCUCAGCCUCUGAGUCCUGAGAUCACAGGCGUGUGCCACCACACCUGUGUGCCUGGCUAGUGAUGAAUGUCUGUAAUUCUAGUUACUCUGGAGGCUGAGGCAGGAAUUCAAGGCCAGCCUGGGCAAUUUAGUGAGACAUUGUCUCAAAAUCAAAUAAGAAGAGGACUGUAGAUGUAGCUCAGUGCAAGCGCCUGUGUUCAAUCCCCAUACCAAUCAGUCAGUCGAUAAAGUUGUGUUAUAAUUGA